AUGGCUGCCCAGGCUCCGCAGAGCAGCUGCCUGCCUAUUGUGCCAGGGGACUUCACGGCCAACCAGCCUAAGACCCUUCGGCUUUACCCUCUGUCUAACUACACCUUUGGCACGAAGGAGAACCAGCCCGAGGAGGACAACUCUGUUGUCGAGCGCCUGAAGCGUCUCGAGGAUCAGUACCAGGUGCACGGUAUGCGCCGCACCUGCGAGGGCAUCUUGAUCUGCCACGAGCAUAGCGUUCCCCACGUGUUGAUGCUCCAGAUCGCCAAUGCCUUUUUCAAGCUUCCCGGCGACUACAUCAAUCCCGACGAUGAGGAGCUCGACGGUUUCAAGAAGCGCCUGAACGAGCGUCUCGCGCCCACUGGUACUCAAUUCACCGGCGAGGGAGUCAAUGGUGAUUGGGAUAUCGGUGACUGCCUGUCUCGCUGGUGGCGUCCCAACUUCGAGACCUUCAUGUACCCUUUCGUCCCUGGACACUGCACCCGGCCCAAGGAGUGCAAGAAGCUGUACCUGAUCAACCUUCCCAAGAAGAAGGUCCUUUCGGUCCCAAAGAACAUGAAACUCCUCGCUGUUCCCCUCUUCGAGCUGUACGACAACAGCGCUCGCUAUGGCCCCCAGCUGUCCGCUAUCCCCCACCUUCUGUCCCGCUACAACUUCGAGAUGGUCGAUGAGGAGGAUCGCGUCCUUGCCGUGACUCCCCUGUCGCCCGAGAUCGACCCCCGUACCCAGGUCCGCCCCGUCGCCCCCGCCCAUGGAUCCGAUGUCGAUAUGGGUACCGACAGUGGUAUGUCUGGUGUGGAGCAGCAAGGUCAGGCCAUCGAGUCUCACCAGGGUUAA